ACAGGGUACCACGCCUAGUUACCCCAAAACCCGGUGACCGCCGCCAUCGUAGCAACGUAUCGGCAGGCUUCUCCUAAUCUCCUGUCUCUCGCCGGAUCGCCGGAAGCGGAGCGCAAGCCUACACAACCCCAUAUCAGGCAUGGCGGCGGCGCGGGUGCUGCCGAAGGCGGUGACCUUCGUGACGGGCAACGCUAAGAAGCUGGAGGAAGUCCGCGCCAUCCUCGGUUCUUCCAUCCCCUUCCAGUCCCUCAAGCUCGACCUGCCUGAAUUUCAAGGUGAGCCAGAAGACAUAUCCAAAGAGAAAGCACGAAUGGCUGCAUCACAGGUGAAUGGUCCUGUACUUGUUGAGGACACCUGCCUAUGUUUCAAUGCACUCAAAGGUUUACCAGGACCCUACAUAAAGUGGUUUCUUGAGAAGAUUGGGCAUGAAGGUUUGAACAAUUUGUUAAAAGCUUAUGAAGACAAAUCAGCCUUUGCUAUGUGCAUAUUUUCCCUUGCUCUUGGACCAGAAGAGGAACCGAUCACAUUUGUCGGCAAAACAGCAGGAAAAAUUGUACCUGCCAGAGGCCCUGCUGAUUUUGGAUGGGACCCUGUAUUCCAGCCAGAUGGAUUUGAGCAAACGUAUGCUGAGAUGCCCAAACCUGAGAAGAAUCAAAUAUCUCACAGGGGGAAAGCUCUUGCGUUGGUGAAAGAUCAUUUCGCUUCUGCUAACUAUACAAUUCAGGGUGAUGAAUCGGCUUGAAACUGUCUUUAACCUCCCAAGUCCCAAUGAACAUGCCUUCUCCAAUGGAAUGUGAACAAAAUAUUUACCCGGUGUUAUCAAUCUUAGGGGUGGUUGUUAUCCAAUCUUGCAAGCUAUGAGAACCAUGUCGAUAGAAUCAAUACUCUUCAUAUUCAUUGAUCUCUCAUGCAAUUUUGUGUUCCAUUUGAAUUUCAAUUUUCGCUGGAUGCAAAUGCAUAGAUGGAUAAAUUCCAUUAAUAGAAAUAACUAGUACAUUUUAA